AUGGCUGAUUUUGGACUUCGCGCUCCCCACGGGCCGGACAUGACGGGCACCCAUAAUCCCUUGGAGGACAUGGACCUGCAUGAAAAGGAUGCCUUUGACAAAUUGAUCCGCCCUGACGAUAGCUAUACGGGUGACGGCGUUUAUUGGGCCGAUUUGCCAUUAGGCAAGAAGAUCAAGUUCGUUAGCUCGUACGAUGCCCAGGAGGCUAAGCGCGAACUUGGCAACAUUUGGGAGAUGAUAAAGGAAGACCCUUUGUCCCCCGUCUCAUACUAUUUCCGCAACAUGGUGCUGCCCGGUGCCGGUCUGGGGUUGGAGGGCUACGUCCUUUUCUCCAUCGGCAACAUUAAGCCUCUAUUCGAAAAGUCUUUCCCUGAUUGCUGGAAGCAUCACACUACCUGCAACAAACAGUGGCUGAAUGCCGUUGACUACUUGGAGAUCAUUGGUAUCAUCUUUGGCCAGAUCCUGGUUGGCAUCAUCGGUGACUGGAUUGGCCGUCGCUGGGGUCUGAUUCAAGAUGCCACGAUCAUGUUUGUCGGUUUGCUUAUGUUGACCGCUGCUUGGGGUGUCACCAUGAACGGCUGGGUCAUCUGCUAUGCUUGGUCUCUGUUUUUCUACAGUGUGGGAGUUGGCGGUGAAUACCCUAUGACUGCUACCAGUGGUAUGGAAAAUGCCGUUGGAUCUGGCAAGAUCUCGACCAAGGAAGAUCGCCUCCACCGGGGUCGUAAGGUUACGAGCGCUUUCCUGAUGCAAGGUUGGGGUCAAUUCUUCAACCAAGUCAUCUUGAUUAUUCUGCUUCUGGUGUUCCACCACGGCAGCGGUAACAACCCCUAUUCAACUGUCUCGGCCCAGUGGACCUAUCGUGUUUCAUUCGCCAUCCCUGCGGUUGGCACUCUCUGGCUUGUCUACUACCGUGCCUAUCAUAUGAAGGCAGCGAGUAAACAAUUGGCCGCGGCGAAGAAGAAGUCUCACAUUACUGGUUACGAUUUUGCAUCUCUUCGUCUGACAUUUACUUACUUCGGCCCUCGAUUGCUAGCCACUGCUGGCAGCUGGUUCUGCAAUGACGUGUUUUUCUACGGAAACAAACUCUUCCAAAGUGACUUUAUCAAAGUCAUCAGCCCCUCUUCCGAAUCAAUCAUGCCUACCUGGCUUUGGAACUUGGUGAACGUGGGCGUCUCCCUUGUUGGCUACUAUCUGGCUUCUUUCUUCAUUGAUAAUAAGCUCUAUGGCCGCAAAUGGAUGCAGACAGUCGGCUUCUUGCUUAUGUUUGUCAUGUUCGUGGUGCCGGGCUUCCACUACCAUUACUAUACGGAAGUGCAACACAUCAAAGCCUUCCAAGCUAUGUACUUCCUCAGUUCCUUCUUCAACCAAUUUGGCCCCAACUCUGUGACGUUCUUGGUUGCCGCAGAAGUCUUCCCCACCCCCAUCCGCGCCACAGCUCACGGUAUCUCCGCCGCUGCUGGCAAGGCUGGUGCUCUGUUGGCCUCCGUCUUGUACAACUACAUCGACACCCAGACCAAGUUCUAUGUUGUUCCCUGGUUCGGCCUGGCUGGUGUUGUCCUCACUCUGGCCUUCUUGCCUGAUACCACUGGCCUGGACUUGAAGGAACAGGAGCGUCGCUGGCAAUAUAUUCGCGAAGGCCGCGAGUCCGAAUACCACGGCCCUGCCGUCCACCCUAAGCACCUGUCCUGGUACGAGCGCUACGUUCUUCGCCUCGGUCGGAACUAUGAUGCCGACAAGGACUAUAAGCACAAGGUUGAGGAGUACCGCAAGGAGUGGGAGGCGGCCAUGGCGCAGCGCAUUGCUGAGAAGGAAGCUGGUGAUGACACUGCUAUCGACACCGAUGACUCGUUGCUCGAGGGCCACGUGCACACUUACUUCCACCGGACAAGCCCCAUGUUCAAGCCUAUGGAGAAGCCUCGCACGCCCAAUAAGGACACGUUCGCUCUUCCACCUGCUGCUGAGGUUGAGUCCGAAGAUAGCUUUGGAGUCGAGAGACACGAUAACCCUGCCAAUCAGCAGACUCUUUCCAGCAAGUCUCACACAGAGACUACGGCUGAUGAGAAGCAGGGUUAG